AUGCAUGUGAAGAUCAACACACGGUUUCGCAAGCUUUUAUCUCGUUUCCGUGAUCAAAGCGCACAGAAAAAGAGACCCACUGAAACUCGGAAACUGCAAAGCCAUUAUUUGAACUUUAUCAAAUCGAGUCAGCGCUUCUACCGUGGCUACAUCCAACAUCUUGUUUCGCGAUUCAACUGUAUCCCGGAACUGGAGAAAUUAGCCAAGGAGCUUAAAUUUGAGAACUCGGGAAUGUCUCACAACCAGCUAGCUGUUAUUGGGCUUGCGGAUGGGAACCAUCUGCAAGCAACUUAUCAUCUAUACCGCGCCUUAUCUGCCCGCGAGCCAUACCCGACGUCCAACGGGAAUCUAGAAAUCGAAUUCAGAAAGGUGUUAGCAGCUUGUGCUAAGGGGGAGUCUAUCGGAAGCUCAGAGGAUGGGAAGGCCACGCUAAUUUCAAUGUUCAUCUACCUACAUGCCCAGUGCUACAAGGGGGUAGAUUUUCCAGAGCAUGAUGAACUCGAAAAUGAGAUCCUCAGUCAAAUGGCGGUUGAUCUCAAAGAGCUUUCAUUGCACCCGCCUCUACUGCAGAAAUUUUGUUUAAUAAACAUCGCUGCUGAAGAUUAUGCAAAUGCCAGGUGGGCGAACCGGGAAAAAGAUGCGGACGGUGUACAGCCCGCACGCGAUGCUAGGCAGUUUUUCCAGAGACUUAAUGUGAAGACUUUCUUCACUCUCUUACAGAUAUUGCUUUCCGAGCUUGAAUGCUCCGUUGCGGCAAACGAGUCUGAGAAAAUCACUCCCGUCGCGCAAAUUGUUUUGCCUGCCUUGCGACAAUAUAGCUCCUGGUUGCUUUCGAAUAGUGGCUCUUUGAUCAAAGAGUUUUGGAAAAUUUUUGACGUGCCAAGCCUUUCCGACAUCGGGUAUCUUCUUCAUGAAGAUGAAGAUACACUCGGGUUUAGUCCCUUCGUUAAUGAUAUAACGUGGCAAAGAUACGUUGAUGAGCGUGGGCAGAAAAAACCCAGACUUGGUGAUCUCGAGGAGAAACUGCCCGUUCAUAUUGAGAUGCUAUUUCGCGUCCGUGAAUUUGUGAUUGAUGGUCUUGAUUUGAUUGUCCAGGAGAAAAUCCCCAUAAUUCUAGCAGAUAGUAAUGAGACAAAACUAUUCGUCUAUAAAGAAGAAGGGCUCCCUCAAUUCUCGAGCCCAAGCGGGCAUCAACACAGACAUACUCUUUCUUCAACUAGCAUAGACCGCGAAGACAUUCACCCACCUGAAUCUAACCCGGAGACAAUGGAAUAUGCCAAUUCCCAAUCAGCAUCCGCAUCCAUCUCCCUCGCCAUGAACCAGAUGGUUGACAAACUUGUCGAAUCGGAGACAAAUGAGAACUGUCCACCAAUUGAAAGAACCCUCUCGUCAUCCACGGCAUGGCACAACGCAAACAUUAUUAACAUCAAUACCCACAAUACAGCUUCUCAACAAGAUGGCAGUGGCGAACACUCUAGUAACGGUCAUUGCACAGCAACUGGAGCUGGAACUGGAACCCUCAAUUCGUACAGCCCCAUCAUUGAGCCUCUGCCCCUACAAUCAUACUCACCCCGCCCCACUCUACCAAGUAUUCUAAAUACCCCAUUUGCGCCUCAACCAGGUGAGGCCAUAUCCCCGGCAACCCGUCCUUCUACAGCCAUCAGGCAAGGCGAACAAUAUCAUCCGAACCUCUACGCAAAUAAUAACAGAGGAUUCUCCCAGACCCAAGAUUUCUCACGACUACAACAGUACGGGAUAGGUUUCCAAAACAGCUUACAAGCCCCAUCCACGCCCAAUGACUCUUCAUAUCCAACAAGCAACUUAUCGCCAACGCAGAUGCAAACGCCAAGUAUUUCCUAUAAUAACGAUGGUGGAGGCGGUUAUGCAACUCACAAUCCACCACCAGGUCUUCCAUUCAACUGGCCUUUGAACAAUGCUACUCUCCAGUACAAACAGCGCGGACCUAAUCAGCCGGGAAGUCCGUACUACCAGUACUCGUCCUACAAUUCAGUUUCUAGUGCGAAAUCUAAAGCAUCGCAUUUGGGUGCCGGCGUUAUUGGCCAGACACCGCCCAGUGGACAGGGGAGUGGCGGAUGA